AUGGAUGAUCAGAAGGCUGAUCUAAGCAUGAACACUCAAAUGGAAGAGAAUAAGGACUUUUUUGAACCACAAGUCGCUUUGGUUCUUGAUUAUACUGAGGAAAAGGCUUUGAUGCGCAAAAUUGAUUGGCAUUUGCUUCCCGUCAUGUUCACUGCAUAUAUGCUCCAAUAUCUCGACAAGACUGCACUUGGAAAUACUGCCAUUUUUGGAAUUCGGGAAUCACUGAAUCUCGUUGGCGAUCAGUACUCAUGGACCUCCAGUGCAUUUUACUUUGGAUUCUUAGUGGCGUCCUACCCAGUAUCCUUAUGCUUCGUCAAGUUUCCAAUCGGAAAGUUCCUCUCUGUUUCCUUCCUCAUUUGGGCAGUAGUUCUAGCCUGCCAUGGAGCAACAUCCAACUUUGCAGGUCUCAUGGCCGUUCGAGUUAUACUCGGUGCGUUUGAAAGUACUAUCAGUCCUGGUCUAUCCUUGAUCACUGGUCUCUGGUACAAACGAUCUGAGCAUGCAUCGCGACAUGGAAUCUGGUUUGCAGGAAACAGUAUCUCCACUAUUUUUGGGGGCUUGUUAACGUAUGGUAUCGGCCAUAUCAACAACUCAGUUGAGCCAUGGAGGUGGAUAUUCAUUAUAUUUGGAAUCGUCACCUUUGCAUAUGGGCUUUUCAUCUUGAUCUCCCUACCAGAUGGCCCGCGAAACGCUCGUUUUCUUUCUAAAGAGGAAGGAGAAUUUAUUCACCAACGUGCUCAGCGAGAGACACAUACUACGGUUUCAUACAAAUGGUCAAAAGGCCAAUGUAUCGAAGCAUUGAUGGAUCCUCAAACCUGGCUUCUCUUCGUGUAUGCCAUGGGCUCUUCUAUUCCUAAUGGAGGCCUCACAAGUUUCGGGGCUAUAGUUAUUGCCGGGUUUGGAUACUCAACAUUCGAUACUCUUCUUGUUUCGUUGCCCAUAUCUGUGUUCACCUUCAUCUGGGUAGUCUUGGCCACGAUAGUCACUUCCAAAGUCCGCAAAUCACGCUGUCUGACCAUAGCCGUCUUAUCCCUCAUAAGUCUUGCGGGAAGUUUAAUGGUCUCUCAAAUCGACCCCAGCAAGAAGGUUGCUCGGUUGGCUGGAAUGUGGCUCUUUCCUGCAUACUCGGCUGGAGUUCCCAUUGUUUUGGGUAUAAUUGCUUCGAACGUGGCGGGAUACACCAAGAGGACUACAGUCACUGCUGUGAUGUUUAUUGGGAACUGUGCUGGUAAUAUCACUGGACCAUUUCUCUUCUUCGCUGAUGAGGCGCCUGGCUACAAGAGUGCAUGGAUUGGGAUUAUGACCUCACUGGGCAUUGCCUUUGUUGCCAUUCUUCUUCUACGUCAGUUAUAUUACUUCAAAAACCAGCAUCGUGACUCCCAACAAACUACGAAGAUAGACCCUGAGUCCCGCACAACCAUUGAUACCGGAGAGGAUGUCGCACCCGAUAAGGAUGAAACUGACUGGGAAAACCCAAGGUUCCGUUAUUACUUAUAG